AUGGAAGCAACAAAGCUGUCCGAGAAAGACGCUGAGCACGACGAAGUCAUCCACGGAACAUCGCCCACUGAGUCUGAUUUGGAUGAGGAGUUCCAUUUCACUAUUGGCAAAUGCAUGGCCAUAGCGGGUAUGCAAAUAGGCUACAUGUCAGCCGUCUUCUGCAUUCAAAUGGUUUCUGCUAUCCUCACCACCAUCAACAGCGAGAUUGGACCUUCCACCUCUUUCUCCUGGAUUUCAACUGCCCAGGUUGUCCCUGUAGGUGUCUUCGGCCUUUUGGUUGGCCGUUUAGGCGACAUUUACGGCCGGCGAUAUUUCAUUCUCAUUGGUGACGUCUUCGGCUUGAUAGGCUGCUGUGUUUCUGCCACAGGCAAUAACAUCAACACUCUCAUCGGCGGAGGCAUCUUCAUCGGAACCGCCUCUGCCUGCCAGCAGCAGGCGUGGGCAGGGGUUUCUGAGAUGGUUCCCAAAAAGUAUCGCGGCUUUGCCAUUGGUAUUUUCGAGUUGGCAUGUGCCCCCGCGGGAGCAUUUGGACCCAUCAUGGGAAACGCAAUCGCGUACCACACCACUUGGCGUUGGGCUUAUUGGGUCCCGUUCAUCCUGAACUGUGUCGCGUUCGUUCUGGUCUUAUUCUUCUACCACCCCAAAAAUCAAUACAUACGGGAAGAGGGCAAGAGCCGUUUCCAGGAACUCGCCGAUAUGGAUUGGGUCGGAUUUGCCUUAUGCGCCGUCGGCCUCUGCUUAUUCCUUCUCGGAAUCUCUUUUGGCGGCAAUUUGCUGCCCUGGAAAUCUGGUGGGACCAUCUCCAUGAUCGUCCUUGGACUCCUUCUCUUGAUUGUUUGCGGUAUUUACGAGGCCCACUGGAACAUGGUACUCCCUCUAUUUCCCCCAGUUGUCCUAGGGAAGAUUCGAGGAGUAACCUGCGUCCUUGUCGGCACCUUCCUUUUUGGGAUGUUGUACUAUUCAACCGCAGUGUUGUGGCCCCAGCAGGUUCAAGCCCUUUAUACGCAGGAUCUUUUGAAGAUUGGCUGGUAUGCAUCAGCACUGGGUAUCGCUGGUAUCCUUUCCUCUCCCUUGUUCGGGUUUCUUUUCACAUUCGGACACGCCCGCAUACUGUUCAUCUUUAUCAUCGUGAUCGGUACGGUGGCCUCGGGAUGUAUGGCAAUCGUUUCACCUAGUUCGAGCACUGCCUCUAUUGUCUUGGUCGCCAUGGAGGGCAUCAGCAUCGGAGGUGGUAUGAUCGUCGCCACUGCCAUGGUUCAGCUUGCUGUGGAGCACCAAUACAUUGGUAUUGCCACUGCCCUGGCCGUCACCGCCCGCAACAUCGGUGGAUCCGUUGGUCAGGUCAUUUAUGUCACUAUCUUCACGGAAAAACUCAAGUCAAAUAUCGUGAAGUACGCUGUUUAUCCGCUAGCAGCGGCUGGAGUCGCCCCGAGCCUCAUUCCAACCGUCGUGGAGGCCUUGACCGGCACGGCGCCGGCAUCUGCUCUCGAGCAGCUGACGCCCACACAGCUCGGCAUUGGUGUGAAAGGGGUCAAAGACGCAUUCGUCCACUCUCUGAGGAUUGUCUACUUGGUCUCUAUUGCCUUUGGUGUCAUCGGAACCGUGUUCGCAUGCUUCAGCAAGAAUGUGAACGAGUAUAUGACCAAUAAAGUUGACAUCAGAUUAGACGAAGGUGCAAAAUUGAAAGCGAUGACGGAUACUGGCGAAGGUCACAUCAUCCGUGUUGAGGAACAGACACUGCAUCGCGGUCACUUACGUCGCCAUGGUGAACAUAGCUCCGCAAGUCCGCACAACGGCGUCGUGGAGGCUAAAGCUUGA